CAAUUUGGUGCAAACAUGACGAGUACUUAGCAUUUCUUAAUUUUUUAGUGAUGAAUCCUGCCCAGGGUGGAGAAAAGCUGCACGACACUUUCUCCAAAAUGAUUCCCUGGCUAAUCCCAGCCGCGUAUGGACAAUCCCUGUGCAAUGUCUUGCUCUUUGUUGGAAGAAGCAACGGGGUGGAGUACAUCUGGGGGCUCUUGGACCCGGCUUGGCAAACUGGCAGAAUUUUUGUGUUGCAUAUGUUGUAUGAAUUUCUAAUACCUAUGAACUCAUGGAAUCUCGUGCUGUUCAUUUUCUUCACAUAUUCUUGUUACACGCAUUAUCUGGGAGUGCGUUUGAAGAACUUGGGGAAGAUAUGUCAAAUUCUGCCAUCAUCAAACUUCAAGGCGUGUCGGACUUAUUCGUCAUCCUACCGUCACCUUCAAAUCGUUGACAAGCUCUACCAUUCCUGUUACGGGGCGUAUAUGAUACCUUUGUCAAAUUCUGUUUUACUAUUUAUUGUGUCCUGGAUGAGCUUUUCGACGUUCAAAUUAUCGAAAAAUGGUGUAUUGACGGUUUCACAGCCGUCGUCAUUCAUCUUUCCACUUGGAACUUUUGCCUUGAGCAUUAUGGCAUUUUGUAUAAAUUCUGAAGGGCAAUUGCUUUUUGAAGGGUCCACAUAUCUGCUAACAGAGUGGAAGAAAUGUAGGAUGAUGAAGAAAAUGAGAAUAGUUCAAAGCUUUGCCCCAUUAAAGGCACACAUUGGAAAUUUAUACUUUCUGAAGAGGAGUUCUCCACUAACAUUCAUGUCAAACACGGUUGGGUUAACGAUCAAUUUGUUACUAACAUUUUAGAUGGGCAUUAAGACCGCAUGAUGUGGAAAAUGUGGGUAAACUAAUUUAAAUAUAACAUUUUUAAAAUUCGAUUGUUAGGAGUAAAGCGAAAUAUUACA